AUGGGGUGGUGUGUUAGGGGUGCACUGACCCCACUCUUGGCUGCUCUAGGCCCUGUCCUGGUCAUCACUGAGUACUGUUGCUAUGGCGACCUGCUCAACUUUCUGCGAAGGAAGGCUGAGGCCAUGCUGGGACCCAGCCUGAGUCCAGGCCAGGACCCCAAGGCAGGCACUGGCUACAAGAACAUCCACUUGGAAAAGAAAUACAUCCACAGGGACAGCGGCUUCUCCAGCCAGGGUGUGGACACCUAUGUGGAGAUGAGGCCCGUCUCCACUUCUUCAUCAAAUGAUUCAUUCUCUGAGCAAGACCUGGACAAGGAGAACGGGCGGCCGCUGGAGCUGCGUGACCUGCUCCACUUUUCCAGCCAGGUGGCCCAGGGCAUGGCAUUCCUCGCUUCCAAGAACUGCAUCCACCGGGACGUGGCAGCCAGAAACGUGCUGCUGACCAGUGGCCAUGUGGCCAAGAUUGGGGACUUCGGUCUGGCCAGGGACAUCAUGAAUGACUCCAACUACAUCGUCAAGGGCAACGCCCGCCUGCCCGUGAAGUGGAUGGCCCCAGAGAGCAUCUUCGACUGCGUCUACACAGUUCAGAGCGACGUCUGGUCCUACGGCAUCCUCCUCUGGGAGAUCUUCUCACUCGGGCUGAACCCCUACCCUGGCAUCCUGGUGAACAGCAAGUUCUAUAAACUGGUGAAGGACGGAUACCAAAUGGCCCAGCCCGCGUUUGCCCCAAAGAACAUAUACAGCAUUAUGCAGGCCUGCUGGGACCUGGAGCCGACCCGCAGACCCACCUUCCAGCAAAUCUGCUCCCUCCUUCAGGAGCAGGUUCAAGUGGAUAGAAGAGAGCAGGACUACAGCAACCUGCCAAGCAGCAGCAGCGAGCCGGAGGAGGAGAGCUCCAGUGAGCACCUGGCCUGCUGUGAGCAGGGGGACAUUGCCCAGCCCCUGCUGCAACCCAACAACUACCAGUUCUGCUGAGGAGGUGAUCACAGGGAUGUACUAUUUCUCUCUCCCUCCUCCAAGCUCUCAACUCCUCCAUGGAUGGGGCACCAUGGGGAGAACAUAGACUGUGCCCUUGGUCAUUUCACUCAACAGCCUGGCCCAGCUCUGGAACUCGGGAAUGUGGGAUCUACAGGAGGUUGGAGAGAACCCCACUCCCAGGGCCUGGGCCAUCACUGCCAGUCAGGGGCUGCGGCUCAGCCCUGCCCAGUUCUCAAUGCUGUGGCCUCAUGUGUGCUAUGCCAACUGGGAGAAUACCCAGCUCACUCUUAGCCUGUUCCCACUUCCUUCCCUCCUGUUUCAAUGGAAAUGGACUGGUUUUGUGACUGAAGUCCUCAGGAGCUGCCCAAACCUUGAGGGAACAACAAGGCUCCCUGGCCCUUGGCAGAAUGGAAGGACACCUGCUGAGUGGAUCAAGGAGAGCAGGGCGGUGCUCAGGGCUGCACUUGGUUCAGGCCCUUGGAGCAGGAUGGCUCCUCUGGAAGAAUCUAAUUGUCCCCCUCUGCCUUCUCUCCACGGCCCCACCCACCCUAGGUCUGGUAUUGCUGCAAUGAGCCAGGUGGCAGCUAAAGGUUGGGGUGCUCUGUCUGGCCCCCCUGCCAUUCUGAGCUGGAAGGCAGGGGCCCCGUGUGGCUGGCCACACCAAGCAAGCAGCACACACUCCAGGUUGACUCAUAACUAACAGUCAGUCACGCUGUGGGAUGUCUCUGUCAGCAUUAAACUAACAGCAUUAACA